AUGGCUACUCGGAGCCGUUCUCAAGCUUUUCUUUUGGCUCUCUCUAAUCAGGCUCCUAGAGCUUGGUUUAAUCGCUUGCAUGCGUUUAUGAUGUUAGUAGGGUUUAAAGUCUCGAAAAUAGAUGUAUCUUUUUUUCACUACUUGCAAGAUUCGACUUUCAUUUAUGUUCUAGUAUAUGUUGAUGAUAUCCUUGUAAUGGGUAGUGAUCAAAAUCUUGUUAGUACACUACUAGCAAAAUUAUCAACUGAAUUCAAGAUUAAGGAACUUGGUGAACCUGGUUUCUUUCUUGGGAUUGAAACUGUUAAGUGUGGUGAUGGAAUUUUGCUUUCUCAACAAAGAUACAUGACAGAUAUUUUAAAACGUGCUGGCAUGACAGAUUGUAAAUCAUUAGCUACUUCUAUAUCUGUUUCAAAACCCACUAUCUUUGAUGCAGAUCUAUAUGAUGAUGCUACACAGUAUAGGAGCUUGGCUGGAGCCUUACAAUACCUUACGGGAACUAUUACUUAUGGUCUGCGGAUAAGAAAGUCAGUGUCUAGAGAGUUGCAUGCCUUUUCUGAUUCUGAUUGGGCUGGUUAUCCUGAGGAUCAUUUAUAUGAUGAUCCUACGCAUUACAGGAGCCUGGCUGGAGCACUACAACAUCUCACUAUUACUCGACCUGAUUUGACCUUUGCGGUUAUUCAGCUUUAUCGUAAGUCCACUAGUGGUUUUGCUGUUUUUCUAGGGACUAAUCUUAUAUCUUGGGUCUAUAAGAAGCAAAGAGCUGUUGCUAGGUCUUCAACUAAGGCAAAAUACAAAGCCCUAGUAGAUGUCUGUGCAGAAGUCUUAUGGAUUAUUUCGUUGCUGCAUGAAAUAAAGGUGCCAGGGACGGAUCUAGAAAUCUUCGUCAAUGAGAGUGAAAGAUUAAAAACUAAUGAGAUAUUUUGA